GCAGGAGGAGAGCGGCUGCGGAAGGAUGCUGUUCCCGGCGCAGAGACCCGAAGCAAGGAAAAUGCUCCCUUUUCGACUACAGCGGGAUCAUGUCGGGGCUGGGGUCGGAUUCUUGGUGGAAGAAAACCCUGUAUUUGACCGGGGGUGCCCUUCUCGCCGCCGCUGCCUAUCUUUUACAUGAGCUGCUUGCCAUCAGAAAGGAGCAGAAGGUAGAUUCGAAAGAUGCAAUUAUUCUUCAUCAAUUCUCAAGGCCAAAGAAUGGAGCGCCUAGUUUAUCACCAUUUUGCUUGAAGAUGGAAACAUACCUUCGAAUGGUGGAUUUACCCUACCAGAAUUAUUUUGAUGGCAAACUUUCUCCCCAAGGGAAGAUGCCGUGGAUUGAAUACAACAACGAGAAAGUGUCAGGCACUGAAUUCAUUAUUGACUUUUUAGAGGAAAAACUCGGAGUAAACUUAAACAAGAACCUGAACCCGCAUGAGAAAGCGGUGUCCAGAACAGUGACUAGAAUGGUUGAAGAGCACUUUUAUUGGACUAUUGCUUAUUGCCAGUGGGUUGACAAUCUCCAGGAGACCCAGAAGAUGCUUUCCCUCUCAGGCCCGCUCAGUGACCUUCUCAAGUGGAUCCUCAGUCACCUCACCAGGGGCAUUGUGAAGCGGGAGAUGUAUGGACAUGGGAUAGGGCGAUUCUCCAAGGAGGAAAUCUAUGCACUGAUGGAAAAAGACAUGCGGACAUUAGCAGCUUUAUUAGGUGAGAAGAAAUAUAUAAUGGGACCGAAGCUUUCCACAGUGGAUGCCACUGUGUUCGGGCAUUUGGCUCAGGCUAUGUGGACGCUACCAGGAACGAGACCCGAGCAAUUGAUCAAAGGAGAGCUUAUUAACCUGGCCAUGUACUGUGAGAGGAUAAGGAGGAAGUUCUGGCCUGAGUGGUGUGACUACGGCGACUUGCUUUAUGAUUACAAGGAAAACAGCGAGGACAACGUGACACCAACACAGCUGCAUGGUUACGGCUUGUACUCACGGACUGAGACUUUCGACGAAGAAGUAACCGAAAACAGCUUCUCCUGCUCCCAGACCCCAGAUACAGAUUAUAACGAGGUCUUUGACUCUGACGUAGACAUGGAGGAGUCCGAUCAAGAGCAUCACAAAGUGGAAUCUUUUAAAUAAAGAAGACAAAAUGGUAAGUAGGUAAUCACUCAUCUUCCGUGAAAUCGAGGGGUUUGUAAUAUAUAACCAAACAUACAUAAUUAUGUUUAUGUUAUGAGCAAAAUAGUUUUAAAACAAUAGUAAAAAAUGAAACAGAAGGAGCUCUGAAUGUGGAAUUCUGAAUAGUAAAUGGUUUCUAUUGCAGAGUGGGAUUUUAAUUUGUUUUUAAAAUGAUAAUUUAAUUUGUUUUAUAGUAACUGAAAAUACAAACAGGUUUCUAGAUGCACUAAAGAAAUGGACCAAUUGCUUCAAUUUGGACAUCAGUGUUAUAGCAGUUUUUUUUUUUUUAACAUAUUUUUGAAUAUGUUAUCUUAUCAUCCAAACCAUGAAAAUAACAACACACUGUAGCCUUACUUUCUUGUCACAUUUAUGUUAAUGGGUUACUGAACACUUCUGCUAUUUCACUGCAUUACAUGAUAGCAAAAAUUCUAAUUUAACCUAAGGACACAUGGCACCCAUGGUACGCAUUCUGGUCCAUUGUCUUUGCAGCUUUGGAAUGUAACAAUGAAACACUAUGUUAAGACACACUAUACCAACUACGAGGAACCAGUUAUGGAUGAGAAAUCCUUCUUGCCAUGUCAGACUACACAUGGAUCUUAAUGAUUUACUCUAAACAGUUAGACUGUUAAUGUUACAAACAACAAAGUCAUACUGAAAUAUCGGACUUGUUUGUUAUAUCUUACAUGUUAAACAUUGACAGUUUAAUAUGCUGUAAUAAUCUCAAAAAAAAAAUAUGUAAAUUUCUCUUUGGUGUGCAGUUUAGUAUACCUUGAUAAAUUAGGCCCUAAUACUCUAUCCAGGGUUUUUCUUCCACUGUAUUGUGAUUGUAUUUGGUGCUAUAAAUAAGCGAGUCACUAAAUGAACUCUGGAAGAAGUUAAGGGGGUGGCUGUUCAUACUAUUAAAAUACGUCCCAUUGGGUGAAACAUGACUCUAACCAAUCCCAUGUGUGAGUGGCAGACUGGGUGAGUUGAUAUCUGCAUACACACAAAAUGUGUUACUGAUUGCUUUAAAGGCAAGCAAACCAAUGCUUUGAAUCCUAGUUCCUUACCUCUUAUAAGCUUAAUGAACCCACUGUUUUAACACCUAUUACUGGUCCCCCCCUUUUAUUGUAUUUAUUUAAUCUUUUGGUUCUUCACUUAUAUUCACAUUUUAAAGAUACAACACUACAAGCUAAUGCAUCUCGAUACCUUUGCUGUAGGUGCAACUAGGCCCUUGGAGUGUGUUUAACAAAAACACAUGAGGUGAUUAGGUACCAGGCAGCAGCAGUAGCAAAUAUCUCCAUAUCCCAAAUUAAAGUGUAAAAUACAAGCAAGGAACCAAACGAUCCUCAAUGCAAUAAAAGGGGGGACCAUUGGUCAUAUUGUUAAUUCCAAUAAGAGGUGAGAAUAUGGAUUUUAAAACCUUGGUUCGCUUUCCUUUAGUACCACUAUAAUAAGCAUGCCUGAUAUAGACAGGGGAUACACACCGUGGAGCUUUACUAUGAAUAGGUCAAGUAAUUCAUUGAUCCAUUCCUCAUUUAGCAGUUGUUAGGAGAGCCAGUCUACAGUGUGUGGUGAGGUUGGCAGGGAAGCAGUAACAAGUUUAUUGAUUGUUCCCCUCAUGUACAAACGGGACUUUAAAAAAAAAAAAAGCACUACCUCUUUUCUUUCGUUUCCAUUCUGCACAAUCAGUUUUCUAUACCUUUGCAUGUUCUGAAGAUAAAAGCAACUGCUGUACUUAAUGGUUCCUCUACUAAAUUAUCCACUGUAGUUUCACUGUACAACAUUAUGGGCCCUAUUUAGCAAAUUUGUGCGCAAUCGCUUUCGCUAGGACAAAAAUGACAGCGUUAGCGAGCUGCCAUGAUAGCGCACGAAAAUGUGAUUUAGAAAUCGUGUCUCAUGCAUGCGCUAACGCACAUCAAAUAAUGAAUCAUGUGCCCAGCCAGUCAAACACCACAGUGAGGGGAGUAAGGUUACAACCAAUAAGGAUUCAGCAUUCCCUUUAAGAGGAUCUGUGUAUCUGUGCAUAGUGAAUGCAUGAAACACAAGAAAGGAGACAAAAGAACAAAAAAAAAAAUGUCCAGCAACCCAAGUGAGGAGGAUGACCAGCCUCUCAAGCAAGGCUGUGAUUUUUUUUAGUAGCCUGGAGGUGGAGAGUGAAUACUUAUCAAAUUUAAAAAAAGUAAUCUUUAAGACUUUGUCUGACCUGCCUCGCACUUGCAGUAUCUGCAACCUCCUCCACUGGGGCUUCAAGUUCAGCAUCUGCUUUCCUCAAACCCAGUAAUCUUUCCUCAGUAAAUUCAACAUCACAUCCUUUACGGAGAGCGAUGUUAUGUAAAACACAACCAGUGAUGAUGAUAUUGCUAACCUUCUGAGGAGUGUACUGUAGUGUUCCCUCAGAGACAUCCAAACAUCAGAAUUGCAUUUUGAGGAUUCCAAAUUUUCGCUCAAUUACAGUAUGUGCACAUAAAGGUACAAAUGUACCUCUGUUUGGCAGGGGUCAUAGGGUUGAGCAGCAGGAUACCUGUUGUCCCGUAUCAACCAGUCUCUCAGACUGUCAUCCUGCUGAAACGCAGCUGCCACCUCUGAAUUAGCGAGGAUAAAUGAGUCAUGAGCAGAGCCAGGAUGGUUUGCAUACACAUUUGUGAUGUAGUUGUUGGCAUCACACACUUCUUGCACGUGUAAAGGUGCCUAUUCUGUGUUGGUGCGUGUAGCUGAACAUAUUUGCAAUCGAUGGCUCCCAGGACACCAGGAAACACACACCUCCCAAGAAACCCCUGCUUUAUAUUUUGUUGCAGUGUGUGAGAGACAGGGAAAUGGAUGAAUUGUCCUGCCCGCUUUACUAAAACUAAAACUAAAGCUGCAGGUACAUGUUGCAAUGCACAGCCGACUGGCUCAUGUCUGCAGUAUACUGUAAAGGCAUAAAUAUUUGAAAGCCUUUUAUUAUGCAUUUUUUAUGUAUGAAAAAAAAAA